AUGAGCCUGCCCAUUAAUCAACAAAAUCAGUUAAUCAAAAAAUAUUAUUACUUGCUGGUUGAAGAGUUUAUCCAGGAGUCUCUCCACAAAAAAGAUAUCAGCAUAGUUUUUAAGAACCAUUUGGGGAGCAAGGGAAAUUCUCGAGUUCUGGGCCGCACUGAGAGAAAAGGAGGGGGCAGCAAAAGCAAUACCGAGUGGCAAACAAUAAACGGAGUAAAAGUUCCCGGUUCUGAAAAAACCACUACCACCUAUUUUCCCUACAAAUACACUAUUUCUUUUUUGAAUAAUUACCAGGAUGAGGACCAGUUGCGAGGUGCUGUAGUUCAUGAGUUUGCCCACCAUUAUCUCUAUUCAACCAUUGGCGACCAUAAGCACAACGAUAAUUUUUACUCUACCAUGGAGCGACUAAGUCCCCGCGUUGACAAAAGCCACGACCGCGACCAGUAUGAAAAUUCCAACCAUACUAAUGGUAAAGAAAAUAUUUGUCCGGAAUGUUCUCGGGUCAGCCCGCACCAUGCUCCUCAAUGUUCUCGCAAUCAAAACCAGCCCCAGCAAAAACCCACCCUUGACCCUCAACAAGCAGCCGAGUUUAACCGAUUAAAAGCAUUAUUACAAAGUGCCCCUGAUUUGGCAACGCUAGAGGCCUCUUAUCAAAAUGUGAAAUCUAAACCUCUCUAUCAAGUUAACCACGAUAACCGGCGGGAAUUUGACAAUUUGUAUCAAGAACGAAAGCAACUUUUUCAAGUACUAAAUCGGCAACGCUCGCUUCACGAUUCUAACCAAGAAGGCGGGUUGGGAAAAGAAAGAGUAUUAAAACCAAUGAAACCUAAUUCAGCUAAUCGGCCUUUUGCUCGGGUUCGUCUUAAAAAUAAAAAAGUAAUUACUGUUUAUAUUCCUGGUGAAAAGCACAAUCUCCAAGAAUAUUCCUCGGUGCUGGUCUGUGGGGGCGGUGCCCAAGACUUACCCGGAGUGCAAUAUCAUAUUGUUCGUGGUUGUGGUGACGCAGAGGGAGUUAAAGAGAGAAAACAAGGUCGUUCUCUCUAUGGAGCCAAGAAAGCGAAGGAAACAAAAG